AUGCGGGUGAAUCAAAUUUUUGAUGGCCAUAACUACUCUGAAGAAAAGAAGGUUCGUGUUGCAUCCAUGAAGUUUACUGAAUAUGCUCUUGUAUGGUGGGAUAAUAAAAACCGUAGAGGGGAGAGACCGGCAACAUGGGUUGAUAUGAAGCGUGUCAUGAGGGAAGUAUUUGUGCCUGCCUACUACACUCGACAACUUCAUAGCAAGCUGCGUCGUCUUGUGCAAGGUACAAAAUCAGUUGAUGAGUACUACAAAGAGAUGCAAAUAUUGAUGAUCCGUACAGCUGUACGCGAGUCCCCGGAGGCGACUAUGGUUCGAUUCUUUGAGGGGCUGGAAGAAAAGAUCCGCGACCGUGUUGAUUUGAUGCAGUACAAUGAUAUACAUGAGUUACUUCAUGAAGUGGGACGAGCUGAACGUUGGGUUUUGGAGAAGCAAUUUGCGGAUAUUCGUCCAAGUUAUAAUAGUGGGAGGCGUAGUUCUUCUCAUGUUGAUGAUGGAAAGUAUAAUGCUAAACCGGCUGUUUCUUCCAAGUCGACAAGCAUUGAACAUAGCAAGGUAGCUCCUGCAUCAAAGGAGGUUUCUCAAUCUGCAUCAAGCACGUCUCAUCAUAGCAAUAUUAUAUGUCACAAGUGUGGAGGAAGAGGGCACAUAAUGCGUGAGUGUCCGAAUCGAAAGUCAAUUUUGCUUGUUGAUGAUGCAUAUAUUUCAGAAUCUGAAGAUGAGAUGCCUCCACUAGAGGAUGAUACCAAAAAUGAUGACGGUACUGCCUUGGAUGCUUGGCCUGCACUUACUGUGCCAAGUUUGAUGGCGCAUAAGGUCCAGCGUGAUGAUAAGGUCAUUGUUGAGCCCGGACAGCGGCGUAGCAUUUUUCAAACUGCAUGUACUAUCAAGGGAGAAGUGUGCAAACUGAUUGUUGACGGUGGUAGUGCAAGCAACAUGGUCAGCAAGGACGUGGUGGAGUCUCUUUCUUUGCCAACCUGGGAGCACCCGAAACCAUACUAUAUGCAGUGGAUCAACGGCGUUGGCAAGUUGAAGGUCACCCAUAGAGUGAAAGUCCCUUUCUCCGUGGAUGGGUAUGUUGAUAAAGUGGAGUGCGAUGUUCUACCGUUGCAUGUUUGUCAUCUUCUAUUGGGACGUCCAUGGCAACACGAUGUCAACGCACUUCAUCAUGGAUGCACAAAUAGGUAUACCUUUAUGCAUAAGGGUGAGUUCUAUACCCUUCUUCCCAAAGAUGCAAAAGAUAUCAUGUGCACCGUCGAGGUGUUCAAGAAAAAAUCUGCAAGGUGUAGGUCGAAACCGAGGACGGUUUCCCUUCAAGGGAGGGAGGAUGAUAAGGUACUAUAUACAUCUAUUCAUAAUUCUGUGGAAGUUGCAAGAUACGUGGUUCCUGCUAGGCGCAAGAAACAAGCUGUUCUUCAUAGCAACAACCAGAGAACUGAAUUGGGGAGCAGUUAUGCGAACUACGGAAAGGAGGCCAGAACUAUUUUCGUUGCAGAUGUUCCCAUGCAACAACUUGUUGUUCCAGAGGAAAUAAAGCCUACGUUUAGGACUCCAUGCAAUUAUGUAAUGGUGGGCAGUAUUAUAGUGAGCCUGGCUUGA